AUGUCAAAUAGAUAUAGAAACUCAAGCUCGUACGAAAAUGCAAACUUACCACUUUUAUCUUCAUCAAUUCCAGACAGUCAACAAUUGCAACAUAUACAAUUAAAACAAUAUAAUGAAUUCCAAACAAAUUAUUUCAAAAUUCAAAAAUUAAUUAAUAAAAAAGUAAAUUUAAGUUUGAAAUAUGAACAAUUGAAAACUCCAGAAAUAUACUCAACUUUAAUCAAACCAAUAAGUAAUGAAAUUAUAUCAAUAGUUAAAGAAAACAAAACACAAUUCACAAUCAAAAAUGAUCUAAAAAUAUCAAUAUUCACCAUAUAUAUUUUAUUAUUAUUAAAAUACGAAUACUUAAUUCAACUGGAAAAUAAUUUAAUCCAAUAUGAUUUAUUAAUUAGUAAAUCUCAUGUUUGUGAAUUGAUGUCAAUUAGAAUGCUAAGAGAAUAUAAUUCAUAUCAAAGAGUUAAAAUUUUAUUUGUAAAACCACCUCCAAAUUUAAUUUCAAGUCAUCAUAAAUUCAAUUUUAAUACUUUGGAAUUAUGUGUAUUGUCCAAACUGAAAAAUUUCUUAUCACAACCUAUAAUAGUCCAGAUAUUGAAUAGAUUUUAUAAUGGUGAUCUAAUUUAUGAUGAUUAUGAUGAUUAUAAAAAACUUGGUGAUAACGCCAAUCCUAACUCAGAUGAUAAUGAAAAAUUAUUGUUAAAAAAUCAACAUUAUAAGUACUAUGAUGGUGAAUUAAACAAAUUUUGUGCUACUUCCUACAACAUUACGAAUAUAAAUCAUAAACUAUCAAUCAUUAGUAUAUACAGAAGGAUCAACGUCAUACCAAAAUAUCAAAACAUUCUAAUCAACUUGAAAUUGAUAAUAUUUGCCAUAAACUAUUUUGCCUUGAUUCAACAUUCUGAGAAAGAAAUACAAUUAAAUUCAAUAGAAAUAUUGUUUUGGUUAAUUGGGUUAAGUUUUAAUUUCGAAAUAUUGAAUAAAUUCUACCACAUCAAUUUUAAAUUCUUAAAUCUUAUUUUAUGGAAUCAUAUUGACUUUGUUUUAAUACUAAUAAUAGAUUUCUGUUUCAUUUUAAGGUUCUUCUUCAAUAAUCAAAGUUAUUUCAAUGAUUUCUUCAGCUUAAUUGGUAUCAUUUUGUUUCCAAGAAUUUUGUCAAUUUUCAACAACUACAAGUUCUUCAAUUUGAUAAUCUUGUCAUUUCACAAAAUGUUUUUGAAUUUAGUUGGCUUGGUAUUGAUGUUUUUUACAUUAAUUUCGGGAUUCUAUUUUUGUUUUUUAAAAUUAUCCUAUAAUCAAACUCCAUUCGAGAUUUUGUUUAAUAUGGUGAAAGUAUUUUUUGGUUUUACACCUUCAGUGUGGAACAAUUGGGAUGAUUUUAAUACUUUGGGAAAGAUAAUGCAAAUGAGUUAUUUGUUUUUGUUACAAUUUAUUAUUGGUACUAUUUUGGCUAUUUGUUUGAGUGGGGUUUUUAAUAAAACUAGAGAAAAUAUUGAGUAUGAGUUUAAUUUUUUCAAACUGAAUAAUUUGAUCAUUUACUUCAAAUGUUCGGAGUUGAAUCAGGAUUGGAAUGUAACUAAUUUGUAUUGUCAAGUGUUCAAAAUUCCUUUUAUUGUAUUGAUAUUUAUUUAUGAGUUCAUGUGUUCAAUUUUGGUGAAAUUCAAGCAAGUUUUCACAUUCAAAAGCAAAAAGUUGGGUAUUAUUAAUCCAAGUGACAAUGAAGAAAAUGAAGUCACAGACUUGAAAAACUUUACAUUCUUGAGGAAGCCAGAUUUCGAUCAUGAGCUAAAUUUUAAAACUUCAAUAAAUUUAAGAAAAAGGAAGCCAAAGAAUAAAAUCAUUAAAAAUUACCAAUCUAUAAGCACUUUGGGAUGUAAUGGUAACCAUUUGAGAACUGCUUCUACUGACUCAUUCUUUAUUGAUCAAUUAUUAAACCGAAAAUAUGGAGGUGGAGUUAAUAAUGCUACAGUUAAUAAUGUGACAGCUUCAAACGAUCAAAACUUGCAAAUAGUUGAAUCAAAUAGAUUAUUUUCAAAGAAAUACCAAGAGCAGCAGCAACAACAACAAAAGUUAUCCAAACAACAAUCAAAUCAACUAUCGUUUAAAAUCUCAAGACAUAAUCCGAAUCUUCAAACCCUACAACCACAAGAAUCAUACAUACCACAAACUAUUCCAAGUUCAUUGUCAGCUAUACAAACUCAGCAACUACAAUUAUCUACAUCACCGACAAAUAACGUAAACCAACAAAUCUUAAACAGAUUACUCAACUUAGAAAAUUUAUUAAUAAAAAAGAUCACAAACGAAGAUUCCAAAUCAGAUGAACAUAGACUCAACCAAAUAAGCCAACUAAAUCAAAUCAAAGGUAUAAAAACAAUAGAGAGUGAUAAUCUACUGAUCAAUUCAGAUUCAGAUACUGAAAUUGACUCAAUCCUUUCUAAACAACAAUUUGAGAUAGGGAAUAUAUAUGAAGAAGAAGAAGUUAUUCAAAAUGGUGAAGAUGACCUUGAUGAUUUAGACGAGGAAGAAGAAUUUGAUAGGACUUUACCGAUGAGAUUUAAUGGGUUUAAUGACAAUAAUGAUCAGACUAGUGAUUUUGAUCAAUAUGAUGGUGAAGGUACAUAUUAA